AUCGGCCAGUAACGAGUCGGGGGACGCGAGCGACGCUUGCAGGCGUCGCCUUGGGCGCCGCUGUCCGAGAACAGAUGGAGCCGACCCGCGUACCCCGGGGCCCCGGUCCGCGCCUCGUCUUCCUCUUCGCCACCCUCGUGUUGACUUUCGCAGCGACGGGGCUUUUAUGUGGUGCGAUAAUGUCGGAUCAUUGGGAAGAGAUCAGCUGGGACAAGGAAGAUCUAUCUCACGCAAACAUCAAUCUCACGUGGUAUCUGGACGGUCAGGUGGCAAUGCUAAAGUCUUCCGUUAAUCAUCGAACUAAUCGUGUUACCAAAAGUUCGUCCUUUUUGGUUCCUAUGCACGGCGGGAUAUGGAUUAUGUGUGUUACAUUGUCAGAGGAAGAGAUACAGCUCUUAGGUCAGGUGGGUUUCCCGCAAGAGAGAUGCAUCAAUUACUUGACACCGAUUGAAGCGCAUGAAGAAAUACGCGUAGCUUGGCAAAAUCGAAUGCAGAAUCUAAGUAUCUCAUGCUCUUUAGUGUGCCUAAUCAUUCUAGGAUGCGCCGCGCUUAUAGGAUUUUUCGGACUGUGCAGGCAUCAAAUAUCAGCCGUGCUCGUGACGGGAGUAAUGUAUCUCCUUGCAGCAACAUUUGCAUUGUUUACGCUGACGAUCAUUCAUUUCAAGAGAGACCACGGGACCAAAUUAGUAGUGGACGGUGGUCCUGAGGACGGCGUGGUCGGCAUGCCUGUUCCUCGCAGCGUCCUCAAGGCCAGAAAGUUCACUACCGCAUGGAGCAUGGACCUGGGAUGGGGUGGAGUCACUCUCUGUGCCCUCGCGUCGGUCGCCUGGAUCCUCCUCAGUAAGAUCAUGCGCUUCAGCCCGAUCGCUGCCAUGAUCGCGUAGCAGUGGGACGCCUUCGAGGUUUAAGGUCAUUUCUGAUAAAUAAUCACUAUAUUUCGAUCCUUUCUGCGAUCCUUAUAGAAAUUAAAUUUCAAUAUUUUCCUAAUCGAUAUAUACCACGAUAGUGCAAGAAAUUUGUUCCUUUUCUAUAAGUUUUUCGAAUUCUGCUCUUCGAUUUUCUAUAACAGAUAUAUUUUCAAACAAAGUCAUUCGUUAUACAAUUAAAAAAUUAUUCAUCUUGCAACAUA